AGGCUGGCCUUGAAUUUAUAAUUUCUCUCAGUUUUCUGAGUUCUGGGGUUACAGGUCUGCCUCACCACAUCAGGCUAACUGCUUUUCUAAUAUAGGAUGAAUACACUUGGGUGAGGUGGUAGGAACAGACAUUUCUUCUGCCUCAAGAAAAAUGCAGCUGGAGUAUUGCAUUCACCUUUGAUGAGGCCAGACGCCAAGUGGUUGGCACUUGAGUUCAUCCCAUCUUUAUCAUCGCUGUGAAGGCUUAGAUCCACGCUGGAAGCCCUUCACCUAAGAGGCCUUGCAAAGCCAGACGAUGCCCACUGACCUGGGGCAGGCCCUAGGCCUGCUGCCUGCACUGUCCCAGGCCGAGGACUCCCUGUUCUGCGGACCAGAGGCUGCCUCUCAAGGGGAGCUCUCUAGCCCGGAGGCUGCACGCCAGCUGUUCAGGCAAUUUCGUUACCAGGUGAUGUCUGGACCCCACGAGACACUGAAACAACUUCGGAAGCUCUGUUUCCAGUGGCUCCAGCCAGAGGUCCACACCAAGGAGCAGAUCCUGGAGAUCCUGAUGUUAGAGCAAUUUCUGACCAUCCUUCCUGGGGAGAUCCAAAUGUGGGUGCGGAAACAGUGUCCAGGCAGUGGAGAAGAGGCAGUGACCCUGGUGGAGAGCUUGAAGGGUGAUCCUCAGAGACUGUGGCAGUGGAUCAGCAUCCAAGUUCUGGGACAGGAAAUCUUCUCAGAGAAGAAGGCAUCUCCCAUCUGGGAUGUGGAGCCCCUCCCGGAAGUGGAACAUGAGGAGCAGGGACUUGAUGAUUCACCCACGGAGCCUGGGGAGCUGCUAGGCCACGCGGUGAAGGAGGAACCAGAACUAGCUCUAGCUGCUUCUCAGAUUCCUGCACGACCUGAGGAAAGGCUUCUGGGAGACCAAGACUUGGGAGCAGUGCUCCUCCCAGGAGCCCCACAGGAUCAGUGGAGACAUCUGGAUUCCACUCAAAAGGAGCAAUACUGGGAUCUCAUGCUGGAGACCUACGGGAAAAUGGUCUCAGGUGGUGUUUCCAACUCCAAACCCAGCCUGCCUAAUUCAACAGAACUUGGGGAAGAGCUGACAGGACUGCCCUCCCACAUCAGUGGAAAGAUGGCGAGACUCACCUGUGCAGGAGAAAGGCAAGAGGAUGACAAAGAGAUCCUGAGCAUGGCAGACCCCAGGGUCCCAGAAGCUCUGGGUGGCCCCUGUCAGGUUUCUGAGGAGGCCCCUCCGCAGGCCACACUGAGGGGCUUCUUUAGUGAGGAGGAUGUGCCAGGAUGCUUUGCGGAAGGAGAGCGCCUCCGCGAGGCUCCGGAAAACGUCCAGGGGGAGGGGUCAGGAGGACAGACUUCUCCACAUGCAAGUAGUGCUGGGAAACAACUAGGUCAGUACCUGCCUCCCCUGCCAGGUGAGCUGUCUUCCCUGUGGCUAGAGGAGAAGAGAGAGGCCUCUCAGAAGGAGCAGCUGAGGGCCCCCCUGGCCCCGAAGCUCCCCACCUGCAUGGAGUGUGGGAAGACCUUUUACAGGAAUUCACAGCUGGUUUUUCACCAGAGAACGCACACUGGUGAGACAUACUUUCAGUGCCCCAUCUGCAAAAAAGCCUUUCUGCGGAGCUCAGACUUUGUGAAACAUCAGAGAACUCACACUGGGGAGAAGCCCUGUAAGUGUGAUUACUGUGGGAAAGGCUUCAGUGACUUCUCCGGCUUGCGCCACCACGAGAAAAUCCAUACAGGGAAGAAACCUUAUAAAUGUCCCAUCUGUGAGAAAAGCUUUAUUCAGAGGUCAAACUUUACUAGACAUCAAAGGGUUCACACAGGAGAGAAGCCUUAUAAAUGCUCCCACUGUGACAAAAGUUUCAGCUGGAGCUCCAGCCUUGACAAACAUCAGAGCUCCCACUUGAGGAAGAGGCCUUUCCAGUAGUCGCUCCCUGGACAUGAAUUUGGACUUGAAGAUAUCCCGUCCUCUGGACUGGAUUUCUUGGUUUAGCUUCUCCCUUUUGCAUCAGGAGAAAGAAUAGUUUUUUAUGUUUCAUUUUAUCUCUUCUUUUGGAUUCCGUGGGACAAAAACUCAUUGAUUUGGAUUUUGGAAAUACUCACUGAGGAGAAUUACAGUGGAGUGGCUGCUCACUCAGAGAACCUGGAUCAGCCCUUGCUAUAGAAGGGGAGGCAUGGAGGGUCCAUGCAUGUUCUUGGGUCAUAUGGAUAAAAAAGUAACUUCAACUCUACCUUGUUUGCAAUAAACUGAGUCAAAUCACUUCCUGUCUUA